AUGGCACGUUCAGGAUCAAAAAGUCACUUUCGCUCCCUCCCUCUCGAGAUCGUGGAGAUGAUCUGCGACGAACUUCCCACUCCCGAUCUCGCCGCCCUCGUCGGAACCUGCUGCCAUACAUACCACCACACCAUUCAUCGCUUUGCCCAGCGAUAUGCAGAAGUAUACAUUGAUUUCUCUGAGCAUGGGCUCAAUCAUCUGCAUGCGAUCGCCCAGAAUCCCAUAAUGCGCCAGUACGUUCAACGGCUGGUCAUCAUGGCCCCCGAACCGCAUCUCGGCCGCGGUAUACAAUGGCAAUGGAGUGUUGCAGGACACCUGCGGAAUUCACUUGAUAUACCGAUUCUUCGACGGUUUCGUGAUGAUCUCGUGCAUCGACUUCCGCAUUGUCGAUCUUUUAUCAUCUCGCCCAUCGCGUGCACUGGCCCAUCAGAAGAGGGUAACCACGAUCACCUAUUGAAGCCGGACGACGUCGCCACCAUCCUAUAUGAUAUCAUCGCCGAUGCAAAGCUCCCAGUCAAGCUCUUCUGGUACGGCAAAGGCAUAAACUACACAACAGAGACAAUGGAUGUCAAGCGAUUACCCAAGACCCUGUUUGGCAAUGCCGGGUUUCGCGCGGCAUGGGGGAAGUUGGAAAAUCUACAUCUGGAGCACGACCUCACGCCGUAUAAUUAUUCCUUUAUUCUCGACUCGAUUCUUCACGCGUCAAGCCUCCGAAAGCUCUACCUCGGUCUGGGACCCAGAGAUCUGGCAAUGGAGUUCUUUGCUCAGCUUAGUAGGUCCGAAGAUCUGCCGAGUACCUUGGAACGAAUCACACUCGCAUUCACAGCCAUUCAGGCGGAUGACCUGAUGCGCAUUCUUUACAAGUCUCGAUUGAGUUUGCGUAGGAUUGAUCUGACCGGGGUAACGGGUCUCUCGCCCGGCUGGCUGGCAGUGCUGGGGAGUAUGCAGGCCGAUUUCCCGCAGCUGGAGACGAUCGAGCUGGAUAUGCUUUAUGGAUGCGGCGGCGUGACGCUAUCGACUCUAUCCACAACGGUGCAAUGUGACUCGGGGAAGACGUUUGAGCUACAAACAGGUCGCACGGGCUCAGAAACAAUGGGAGUCGGGUUGGAGGACUUAGGAGCACUGCCGAGCAAUGAGGCUGGGAGUACGGCGUUGGACAUGUUAAUGAAGACGCAGGCCCCUGUGGCGACCAUUACGGCAUCUGUAACGCUGCUUUUCCUGUUGUCGUUCCUCUCACAGAACUGGGCUGUCAAUCUCACUCUAUCUGAUCUCCAGUCUGACGGAAGCCGGAAACACGCCUCUCCGAGGGCAUCCGGGGAGACGGAGAUAAGCGAGUCCGUUGGAUUUAGCGCAAGCCUCGACGUGGCGACAGAAACAUUCCCUCUGCUUGGGGGCCAAAACUGUCUUGUUGGAGAGUAA